AUGGCAGCAUUCCAUCUUGGGGCGCUGUAUGUCCUCUUCAUCUCACUGUCCGUACUACAAAUACUCUGUGCAGCAGACGCAGUUGGUGAUCUGCAGACCAAGGGCCGAGCAGCCAUCGACGCCGCCAUUGCCAACUCAACAACGUGUACCAAAGACAAACUCCGCGUACGCCGAGAAUGUAUCAGCGCCUCGGAAAAGCGCGCCUACAUUGCCGCCGUCCAGUGCAUAACCAAAGCGCCCUCCAAGCUCUCUACCGUGUACCCCGGCGCCAAAUCACGGUUCGACGACUUUGUAGCAAUUCAUAUGAAGUACACGCUCUCAAUCCAUGGCACAGGGAACUUCCUAUCCUGGCAUCGAUACUACACGUUUGCGUAUGAGAACGCGUUGAGAGUCGAAUGUGGCUACAAUGGUACCCAGCCAUACUGGGACUGGGGACGAUGGGCAGCCAGCCCAGAGACUAGCCCGAUUUUCGAUGGCAGCGACACGAGUAUGAGUGGCCAGGGCGAAAAGGUGCAACAUAAUAGCAAUGGGUUGAAGCCGGCUGGCAACGGGGGAGGAUGUAUUGCUAGUGGGCCGUUCAAGGGUAUGAUGGUUAACCUGGGACCGCUGGCAGCAAUGGACAGUCCGCAGGCUCCACGUAAUCCACGAUCAGAUGGCUUUGGGUACAAUCCUCGGUGCAUCAAGCGCGAUAUCAGCAACUACCUUACGCAACUGUACGCGACGACAGAUAAGACUGCUGCUUUGAUCACAAACAGCAGGACUAUUGCAACAUUUCAAGAUGUUAUGCAAGGAGCGACGGGUGUCCACGGGGCGGGACAUUUCACGGUUGCUGGUGACCCGGGGAGUGAUUUCUAUACUUCGCCUGGUGACCCAUAUUUCUACCUUCAUCACGCCAUGAUCGACCGUGUAUGGUCUAUUUGGCAGAGCCAAGACUAUCCAAACAGGCAGCAGGUUAUCGCAGGUGGCACGUCAAUGAUGGGCGGUGGGAGGGCGCAGAGUUUGGAGGAUACUGUAGACCUGGAGGUGUUGAAUGUAGACGGCAAGGCAUAUAAGAUCAAGGAUUUGGUUAGCACGGUUGCCGGACCGUUCUGCUACGUCUACGAGUAG